CCGCGCAACACUCUCACAAUGCAACAGCAUCCGCAGCAAUUCCAGCACGGCCAAUCGCGCCAGCAAGGUCAAGUCCCUCAGCAGCAAUUUGGAGGUCCUCAACCUCAGAAUCUGUUCAUGCAGCCUGGCAACUACCAGAUGCCUUCGCCAAUCCAUCACCAGCAGGCCCCGCAUCGCGGACAGCGUCGGGUUUUUGCGCAAUCCUUCCAGGAGAGCGAUCUCCCUCAGCAGUACUUCGGACAGUCGCAGUCUCCUCAGCAGCAUGCCCAAGUCUUCCAGCAUCCCCAGCAGGCUAUGUAUCCCCAAGAGGCGCAACAGAACUGGCAGCAGGGCGCCACUCAGCCUGGCGAGAAUGCCAUGGGAACUUCAAACACCCCGCUGAGCGACUUGAACCUCGAGAACUUUGAGAUUGACCAAUCUUUGAUGUUGGCUGCCAAUGACGGCUUCGGCCUCGACAACUUUGGCCAUCUCCAGGGUCAGCAGCAGCAGCAGAACGUCAUCUCUCAGAAUGCAUUCACCUGGCCAACUGAGAACUUCGUCCAUGAUCAGGCGUCGCAGGUUGCCAAUCAUAGCCGUAACAAUUCGUCAGUGUCUUUGACUCCGCCUGCCAACAAUUCGUAUGGUCUUUUCAACACCACUCCUGCCGCGGCUUCGCACAACUCCUUCAGCAACACUCCCGCGGACAACUCGCACAACUCCUUCAGCAACACUCCCGCGGACAACUCGCACAACUCUUUCACCAACAAUCCCACCGAGAACUUCAACUCUUUCAACAACUCUCCCGCUGGCAAUUCACCCAACACUUUCAACAACUCUCCUGCCCAGAACUUCUCAGCUGGCUGGGGAGUCGAAGUCGGCAACAACAGCUUCGGUGACUUGUCGGCAUCUUUCUCUCCUGCGAGCGAGAAUCAUCAGAACUUCGUUGAUCUCACGGGCGACAACGUUUCCUUUGGUCAAGGAUCGCAAGUUGCCAACUAUGGCCAGAUCGACCCCUUCGCAUCAUUUGCCUCGCCGGCUGAGAAUUCCCAGCAGCAGGCUUUCAACACCGCACCAGAGAGCCAACACAAUGCUCACGAACAUCAAGCCUUUGCCAACGCAGCGGGUGCCCAAUCUUUCCAGCAGUCCGGCUCUCCUCAUAUCCCCAACACCCCAUCACCUUCUCAACAGUCUCCCGCUCCCACGCCCAAGAAGUCGGCCAAGAAAAGGGCAUCUUUGCCAAAGAGCCCUGCCGCAAAGCGCCCUGCGAAGAGAGCUAGAAAGAACAAGGCUCCCGCCAACAACGAGCAGCUUGCUGACUCUGUGGCUGUCGACAAUGGUCACCUGCUGGAAGACGAAGCUGCCACCGCCGAUGUCGACACCAAUGAGUAUCUCUUGGGAGCUGAGCUCAAUCCCCAGGAGUAUGUGUAUAACCUCGAUGCCCCCCUCCGCACUUUUAGCGAUUCGAUCCCCCGGAAUGUCCCUGUAAACGGAAAUGCGCCUGCUCCUGCCACCAAUGCGAUCUCCCAAGAUGUUCCCGUAGACGGAAAUGCGCCUCCUCCUGCUAACAAUUCCAUCGAGAACGACCCUUUUGUUGCGCCUCCUCCUGCCAGCAAUGGCAUCGAGAACGACCCUCUUGUCAUAUUCCUCAAUGAGGAAAAUGCGAGACUCAAUGCCAUGAAACAAGCCAACCAGGCUCAACUGAACAACGUGGCGAACAUUGAGCCCAACAGCCCUCCCAAAAAGCGUAAGCGCGGCAACUCGACUCGCACGCCAAACGUCGGCGAUGCCCCCGCCAAGAAGAGAAAAGUGCCGAAGAAGGCCAAGGCCAAGGGCAGAUUGUCCAAGUCGGCUUCCUCGGCCAAGUUCGGUCUCGGCAAAGGCGCGGGCACCGGUCUCAACUCCCCUAGGACCAUGUACGUUUUUGAGGAUCGCGCCUUCUACCUGAUUCCUGCCCAGAUCAUGCCUGAUUUCCUCGAGUUUGUUUCGACGCCCAGAGAGAUUCCAGUCCCGCAGCAGUCCUUCGACGCGCAGCAGUUUUCCAUUGAGCAACAACAACAACAGUCUUUCGCUCAGCAACAGCCCGCUCCUGUUCAGCAACAAGAUCCCUUCCAACAGCAGGCCGCCAUUGAGCAGCCAGCUCCAGUUCAAGAGCAGUUUGAGCCUGCCUACGACAUCGAUGGACGACUCCUCACCCUGCUCGAAGACGACGAAGUCAACGAGCAAAACAACGAUGACGACCCUUACGCCCCGGCUCCCCGCCGCCCUGUUCCCCUCAGUGAAGCCGCCAUCGCCUUUGGCCUCACUAGCCUCUCGACCGAGCAUAGCCCGUCGUCCUCUCUCAACCCAUCGCCUUCUGUUCACACCCCACCAGCCGCCUCUUUUCCCCCUGGCCCCGCCCAGCCUUCAUUUGCCUCAUCGCCUGCGGCCAGCAGCAGCAAUGGCACCAAUACCGGCAAUGCCAGCAGCGACAUCGUCAUCAAUCCCAUCCCCGAAUCCAGCCCUCGUUUCAUUCCUAACAACCGUGAGAUCAUCGCGCGAUUCAAUUUGACCCCGACAGGCAGCGGCACUGAGCGCGACGCUAGCCACCUGGAGUACUUCAUCAACCUGGUUCACAGCAGUGGCCUGUUCGCCUGCGGCCACCACGACGAGAUCCCCGGCGGUUUCCGCUGGGAGAGUUGGAAGACUGCUGAGGAGAACUUGUUGGCGCUGCGUCCGUUCUUUGGUACUUUGACCACCAAGGCUUGGUUCGACCAGUGGAAGAAGGGUGAGAAUCCGGUCCAGUUGGCCGAGAUGGAGGAUGAGUAG